UUUCCUUCCAUCCAUUUCUACCGUCUAUAUCCCCGGCCUCCCUCCCGAUCUCCGUUUUCAAUCAAAGCACCACAUUUAUCCCCCCAGAAUGGGCUGGUUUCCCACGAACCUCGACUCCGACUCCGACGGCUGGUCCUUCGAUAUUGUCGGAUUACUGGCAGUGAUUGGCGGGUCAGCGACGGACAAGCAUCUCCCAGCAAUCACCGCCUCUCCGUUCAGCCCGAUUCCGCGGCUGCUUCCCGCACCCGAAACUCUCCUGCGCACCGACCGCGCGCACCGACUGCCGGCAGUCAAGGACGUCAAAGUGAUUGGGAUUCAGUCCGGAAACUUUGUGACGGAGCUCAACUACUUCACAAAUUUAUUGCACGACGAUGUCACCAGUCUGCCACCGUUUACGGUCAAAGUGUAUUGCAUCGGACACCGGGACCCUCGAGUCGCUCAUAACGAUAAGGAUCACGGUCAUGUUCGGCUCGAAGGCCAGGAAACCCCCCCUCUCCGUCCCAUCAAGAUCCGAUCGCUUUCGUGGCUGAAUGUGGUGACCUUGUUGUCCGUCGUGAUUUCCGCGGGGCUGUUAAUAGCCGGUGGGGUCCUCGGGGACGGAGUGGCCCUAGUGGCUCUGACAGCCAUGUGCUGCUCGACGAGUGCGGCGACGCUGUCGGCGCAAUGGUCGCCGCGGGUGUCGCUGCGCACGGCCCGCAACGAAGUGCCGCCCGCGGAUGUGGCCCUCGUGACGCGGGCGGGGGCGUUUGUAAUUGUCCACUGCGCCGACGAGGAUGUCUGCCGCGAGCUGUACACGGGCAUGGACGACUGCCAGUACCGCUUCUCCGGCUUCCGCCACCGCAUGCUCCUGGCCUCCAGCACCCUGCUGCUCAUGGCCGCCGUCAUCCUCUUCAGCAACUGCGGCUGGAAGAUGCAGAUCGCCGUCGGCAGCGCCUACGUCGUCCUCAACGUCCUGUACUGGCUGCUGGCCCUGCUCGUUGAGCCGCGCGACAUCUGGGACCUGACACGCUACGACGUGUGCGAGGUCCCGCUGGAUCAUUUUCCCGUCAAGAACUUCACGCAGGCCCUGUGGCUUGCGAUUCACCAUGCUGGGGACACGAGGUGGGUACGGCGCGGGGAUGUGGCUCCCCUGACGGAGGCGUGGGAUCAAUGGUUGGCCGAGGCCCUCCAAAACGUCAAAAAUAUCGAGUGGGACGCGGUCGGUUGUAAGGACCGGCUGAUGAAGGCGGUCGUCGCCCAGGGGCAGCAGUCGAAGGAAGUGCGCGCCAGGGCUAUUCCCAUUGUUGAGUAGAUGGCGGCCGGUGCAGUCGAUGUUGUUUUAGGGAAAGGGCUCAUUCACUUCCUACCACUGUGCCCUUAUAUUUAUUUUCAUUUCUUUUUUAAUUUUUUUGGGGUUAGGUUGUAUAUGGCUGACGGAGGCUAACGCCCUCGGCCGGGUGUGUGCACCUCUCUGGCAGAAGGGUAGAUAUGAUGCAUUAGACUACGUGAAAUUUCAACGGAAUGGGCUAAGG